AUGGUUCACGUGGAUUUGCGCAGCGUGGCGCUGUGCACGUGGGUCGCCGCGUUCGCGCACGUCCUCGUCCUCGUCCAAGGGGUGGAAUCGUGGACGCUGGGCACUGUGGCGUUGGUGGCGUCGUGCCUCGCGGGGGCGCUCCCGGCCAUCUGGGGCGCCUCCGUUCUGCUCUUCGCGCCGGGCGAUCCGAACGCCGCGCUCGACGUGCUGCUCGGAAGGACGCACGCGGGGAGUCCGAGCAGCACGUCGCAGCGCGAGGCGAGGUCGCUCGAUGCGUCUCCCGAGGCGUCCUCCGCCCGAGGCCGAAGGUUGACAUCCCCCCCUGUGAGCGCGGCGACGGGGAAGUUUUCUGACGACGACGGCGACGCCGAAGCGCUCGCGCGCGAGAUGGACUCGACCGUGUCCGCGCGGCGGACUUCGGACGCGUCACCGUCACCGUCACCCCCGCCUCCGCGGGACGUAUCGCCGGUGUACGCGGCGUCGUCGCUGUUCUCGCAGCACGUCAGCCCGACGCCGUCGAGGAAAACCUCGCGGGAGUUGGGAAAGGCGAAUUCAGAGAGGGCGCGGGAGCCCUGUCCCCGCAGGAAAAGCGUCGGACGCAGCGAAACGUUCCCGGGGCCGGGAGAUCCGGCUCCCUGGAUGGACAACGGCAGCAGCCGCGGGUCCGGGUCGUUCCACGCCGACCCGCGCGUCUCGCAAAACUCCCUCGAACGGAGGAGCCGCGGGCAGAGCAUGGACGUGAGAAGAUCCGACUUUGGCCUCGACGCUCAGCGUUCCGUCAACGCCCAGCAGCGGCGCCUCAGUUUGGACACCAUCAGGGCGUGGAACGUGUUCGGAUCCGACGACUCCUCCGAUAACGACGACGAGGGCACCGAGGAGGGCUGGCAGGACGCCAUCACCGGGAUCCGCGGCAUGGCGCAGGCGCUGUGCGACGCGAACAAUUCCGUCGCGACGGUGUCCCUCAACGCGGACCUCACGGUGUCGCUGUCGAACCUGAUGCUCAACACGUUGAAGCUGUUCGAUCCCACGGGUGAGAAGGGCGGGGACGGUGACGAGGAUGCCCGGGUUCUCCAACUCGAGGACCCCCACGCCAUGGUGAAGAGGGUGUGCACCCUCUCGGAGCCGCUCUUUGACACCGGGUGCCCGCUGGUGCUGUACAACAGGUUCAAGCCCGGGGAGCUGAGCUUCGUGCCGCGGGACACCUUCGAGUGCUGCCUCUUCGCGCUGCUGUACCGCGCCGGGACCAGGGUCCUCGACGGCGAAUGCGUCAUGACCACCGAAAAGAUAACGGCGGAUGAGAUGGCCAAGGGCGACUUGAGCGAUUUGGGUGGCUCGGGCGAUUUGAACGGCGUCGGUUCGAGGGACCGACCCAGUUUGGACUCCGUCGCGAGCGCGAGGGAGCGCCAGGGGGAGAGAAAAGGAAAAGGGGACGGACACGUGCUUCGAGUCGUGGUGGAGUACCGAACCGCCACGCGGCUCAUGAGCAAACAGGAGCUCAACGCGACGGAGCUCAGAUUUUGGAAGCGAAGGCUCAAGCGCGUCGGCGGGUCUCUGAAGUUUGAGCAGGUGAACGUCGGGAUAAUCGGGUCGCACACCGAGCGCAUCAUCAUGAUGGUGCCCACCGCCGGGUCCAACACGUUCCUCGCGGCCGAGAAGCACGAGACGGGGGCCAGAAUCAUGGUUCCCGGGGUUGGAUACUCUGACUCCCCCAAGAUUGGUUCGCAAUCUCUCCGAUCGUCGCGCGCUUCCAGCGCCAACGCGGGUAUGUCCCUGCGCGAGGACCAGGCGUCGAGGGCUGGGAGCCUACAAUCUGGGCUCACCGCGGUCCCCUCGCCCGGGGACAGCUCCCGCGGGGGCUUGGCGCUGAGCGAGCGUUCGGGUCACGAGGGGGACUUGGUGGGACGGGAAGCGAGCGGAUUAUCCGGAAGCACGGCGGAGGAGUUGAUGAGGGAGGAGCAGAUGGACGUGUUCGACGCGGAGGACGGCGAGUUCGGCGCGAAUUUUCACGGGCACAGGAGACUCAGGCACCGGCUCAGCGGUUUGACAGAGGAGAGCUCGGGCUCGGGGUUGGCGAGCCAGGUGACCGACUCUGGUUCGUCGCUCGACUUCAUGGACGACCUCUUCAUGCUCACCGCCGGGCAGCUCGAUUUCAAGAUUCUGUACAUCGAGGACGAGCGCGUGCAGGCGUACUUCUUCAUCAACAAGUGCCGCAGGGUGUUCGGCGAUCGGUGCGUCGUCGUGCACGAGACGGACGGCAUCGCCGCGCUCGAGAGGCUCAAGAGCGGGGAGCAGUACACCGUCAUAGUCUCGGACGUCUUCAUGUCCAGGAUGGACGGGGUGUCCUUCUUCCACACCCUGUUCAGCACCAACCUCAACACGGGGAACCUCGUGCCGGAGGGUUUAUCCGAGCGCGAGCUGCGCAUGAACGUCAUCCUCACGGGCGCGGACGUGGACGAGAUCUCCGCCGACCUCGAGCAGGUGCGUUCCUUGUACGGCGUGCUCGUGUACAACAAGACGUCGAGCAUCGACGUUGUCGGGGACGUGAUCAAGCCCCACAUAUCCUUCGUGGAGAGCAGGCUGAGGGACGUGAUACGGCUGGGGCACAACGGCAGGUGGCCGACCUCCGUGGGCUCGGCGGGCGGCGGCGGCGUCCCUCGGGUGUCGGCCAAGUCGAGCUCAAAGUCGGCGGCGGAUUUCCUCGCCGCCGCGGGCAUCGGCGGCGAAUUUCUCCGCUCGCGCCGGUCCAAGCGCGCCAGCGAACGGUCCGCGGACGGUUCUUUCUCGCUCGCGUCCGUCGGUGGGGACUCGUUCUCCGUGGAGCACUCGCCGCUGGGGGUGCGGCAGACGGACUCAUGGCGGUCGACGAACUCUUCGCUGGGCGGCGCCAAGGCGAGCGAACCGUCGACGGGACCCACGCGCGACCCGGUGGACCACGGCGAUCACUGGGAGGGAGCCGGGACGGCGUACAACCUCAUAUCGAGGUCGAACACCAGCCUGGGUAAGACGUCCGCGAAACCCUUCCCGGACACCACGAACAUUCGAAGGGCCGUCGCCGGGAUCGAUUAA